CUCCGAUUCAGGAGUAUGGACAAAAUGGAGAAGGUGGAAGCGACGGCUUUGCCAACCGGUGCUGCUGCAUCACAAGCCAGGAAACGCAGGUCCUGGCAUCUCAAGGCGGCCUGCGUUGCAACUCUCGUCUUCUUGAUUGGACUGCAUCAUAUUCAUCCGAAGCCCCAUCUUCCUCAUCACCACGACCACGAUCAUGACGAUCAUCACCACCACGGCCAUGGCUACAAGAAGGCUUCUCCCUAUGGAAAGUUCCCCAAACCAAAUGACCCUUUCCACUUUCUUCCAUGCACAAAUGUGACGCUUCCUCCUGCUCUUGAUGACCACCACCCUCUCAAGAGCUGGUCAAAGCUCUUUGAUCCAAACCCCCAUCACUGGAGCUGGGGCAAUAAGACGGACCAAGAUACGGAUGCUGUUUCAAAGCAUGACCCUUCCGCUGGACGCGGCAUCUACUUGUGCGGAUGGCUCGAUGUUCCGCUCGACUACACCAACGCUUCCGAUCCCCGCAUCACUCGACUUGCCGUGACAAAGUAUCAGGUCUCUGGACUCGCUCCCGUUCAUGGCCGCUCCAAGCCCGCCGCUGGCCACAAGAGCGAGCGAACCAUUGUUGUCGAGCCCGGCGGUCCUGGUGGUAGUGGAACGUCUCUGGUCUGGCGAUCUGCCGAAAUCUUCACUGAGCGUCUCAGUGGUGGCGCAUUCGACGUGUUGGGAUGGGAUCCUCGAGGCGUCAACACGACGCUACCCGCCCUCUCUUGCUUCCCAUUUGACGCUGAUCGAGAUCACUGGUCAAUGAUUGCCGGGCAGUAUCGCGAGGUUCUCGCUUCUCCGAGAGCCCAGCUUGAGGUUGCCGAUGCCAUGAAUCAGGCAAUUUUCGGCGCCUGCUAUAAGACGCACGGCGACUUGCCGCGGUUCGUCAGCACGGCAUUCGUUGCGCGCGAUCUGGAAGAGAUCCGCAAGGCCCUAGGAGAAGAUGAGCUCACUGCACACAUGAUCUCGUAUGGCACCGGAAUUGGGCAGACAUAUGCAAACAUGUUUCCGUCGAGCGUGGGUAGAAUGAUCUUGGAUGGCACUGAGUAUGUCAGAGACCAUAGGCUUCUGGGAGGCUUUGGCUGGACCGCCUUGGACAAUGCCACUGAUGCAUGGCACGAUGGCUUCCUUGGAGAAUGCAUCAACGCCGGACCCGAGAAUUGUGAUUUAGCGAAGCCAGUUGAUGGUAAAGCUGUCACUCUAGAGAGUCUGGAAUCCCGCAUGGAAACGCUCAUCGCUUCGCUUAUUACACGACCUGUGGUGGGAUACACAAGCUUCAGCGGGCCAUCUCUCAUCACAUACUCUGGCUUGGUGGGCGCCAUUUACGGAUCUCUCUACAAUGCAUUUUCAUGGCCCGCUUUGGCAUCGCUCCUCUAUGAACUGGAAGCUGGAAAUGCCACCCUUGCUUCCGCAAUGCUCGAGCAUUCGGCAUGGGAAUAUGAUCCUGCUCUGCCGGCUAUUCCCAAUAAGAGACCUUCAACUGACGAGCUGACCUUUUUGGUCAUUUGUUCGGAUGGAUACGACGCCGCGCUGCCUGAGGACGGCCUCGACUGGUGGGAGUCUCUGUGGACGAACAUGACUGCCAAAUCCUGGGUCUCGGGCAACUCUCGCUUUUUCAGCGUUUUCCCAUGCCAGCGCUUCACAGAGUAUUGGCCUACACCAGCUGAGGUAUACCGCGGCGACUUGAACGUAACACUCAAGAACCCAGUUCUGCUCAUUGCGGAAACGUACGACCCUGCCACGCCGCUGCGGAACGGCCGAAGACUGCUCGAUGAAAUGGGCAGCAACGCUCGACUGAUUGCGCACCACGGUUAUGGCCAUUCGUCACGAGACAAGUCCGACUGCACGGAUGCCAUUGCGAAGAAUUUCAUCCUGCAUGGAGAGCUGCCCGAUGAGCAAGAAACAACUUGUUACGCGAAUGAGAAGCCGUAUCUGUAUGGCGUGGAUAAGGGCAAAGCGGGCGAGAAGAAGGAUCCGCUCGAGAUUUGGAGCCAACAUAUCAAGGAGCUGCCAUACCUCAACCCCCUUCUGGCUUAGAAAGAGUAUGCGGCGGUCGCUUUCUCAUUCUUAUUGUUAUUCUCACUAGAAAGAUGUUGAACAGAUUUGUAAAGUAUGAUAUCUUGUGUAUUGUUAUAUAGCCGUGAUGGUAUCAUCCGUAUAUCUAAAACGCUUAAUUAAAUAAAUACCACGUACCUCUC